GGUCUGCAGCCACUACUAUAAUAAAAACCAAAAUGUUUGUAGUAAUUAUUGAUCACUGAUUAGUUCUCACCUCACUGUUCUGACUUCCUACAACAGAAGUCAACAUCUAUACAGAGAAGGGUGUACAAAAAUAUGGCCCAAACUCACAUCCCAAACUAAACAGAAAAUGGUGAAUAAAACAGGCCUCAUUCAAGGCUAAUCAACCCCACUAGCCACCACACUCUCUCUCCCUCUCUUCAAUGCAGCAACCUUAUUUGGAUUUUGGACAAACUUGGAAGCACACCCUUUAACAAUUCCCUGGUAUCUUGAGCUAAAAAUGGAGAAGAGCUGGAUUCUGGCUUUUCUCCUCCUGGUCCUCCAUUUAGGCACAGCAAAAGCUGCCAUUGGUGUCGGAGGCGGUGUUGGUGUAGGAUUUGGUAUUGGCAAUGAUGGUGAUGGUGAUGGUGGUGGUGGCAGUGGUGGAAUGGUUUGGGUUGGUGGAGGGAUCAACACUCCAAACCCAAACCCCUCAGGAUCUUCAGUGUCAAAGGUGAAUGCAGCUUACACAGCUCUUCAGGCCUGGAAAUCUGCAAUUACUGAUGAUCCACUGAAGAUUUUAGUUAACUGGGUUGGUUCUGAUGUGUGUUCUUACAAAGGAGUCUUCUGCAGCUCAAAUUCUCAAGCUGAAAUGGUUGUUGCAGGCAUAGAUCUCAACCAUGCAAAUCUCAAAGGAACUCUGGUCAAAGAGCUAUCUUUACUCAGUGACAUGUCUCUUCUCCACCUCAACAGUAACAGAUUUACUGGCACUGUUCCAGAUACAUUCAAGGACCUCAUGUCUCUGGAAGAGUUAGACCUCAGCAACAACCAGCUUUCAGGUCCUUUCCCUGAUGUUACUCUGUACAUACCAAGCCUCAUCUACUUGGACCUCAGAUUCAACUCCUUCUCAGGGUCCAUCCCUCAGGAGCUUUUCAACAAGAACCUGGAUGCAAUUUUUCUCAACAACAAUCAGUUUGAAGGUGAGAUUCCCCAGAGUUUGGGCAACUCCCCUGCCUCUGUGAUCAAUUUAGCGAACAACAAGUUGAGUGGGAGCAUACCAGCAAGUUUUGGCUUCACGGGUUCUAAGAUAAAGGAGAUUCUGUUCCUCAAUAACCAGUUAACAGGUUGCAUUCCUGAAGGAGUGGGGCUUUUCACUGAGAUGCAGGUUCUGGAUGUGAGCUUCAAUGCACUCAUGGGUCAUUUGCCAGACACACUGUCUUGCCUGGAGGAAAUAGAAGUCUUGAAUUUGGCACAUAAUCAGCUUUCUGGGGAGGUGUCAGAUAUAAUCUGCUCUCUGAGAAGCAUUGCAAAUCUAACAGUUUCAUUCAAUUUCUUUUCUGGGUUCAGCCAGCAAUGCUCAAAACUUUCCUUUAGGAAUGUGGGUUUUGAUUUCUCACUUAACUGCAUUCCUGGGAGGGAUUUGCAAAGACCUCAACCUGAGUGUUCUGUGAUCCCAGGAGGUAGCUUAAGUUGUCUCAGACUCCCUACACCAAAGCCUGUUAUUUGUGGUUCUUUAUCUGUAAGUAAAUUUAAGAAAACUGAUUCCAAUUCACCAUCUCCUUGAUGGUUACAGUAUAGUUAAUUAAAGGUUGUUCCUUGCCUGUUCCAUUGAUUAGUGCUACCAAUCUUAAUUCAAACACUGCUAGUUUAAUUCUUCAUAGAUUCA